GGGCAUCACCUACAUGGAUAAAUGCGAAGGUGUUGACAAGUAUAUUGUUAAACACGCAACAUCAGAAAUAUAUUUUCUUAGCUUUUAUAAAUCUGCCAGAGAAGAAGAUCAUGAGAAAUGGCACCGAAUCUUGGGGAUGUUCCUGGGAAUGUUGAGCGAUGCUCGAAAAAUAUCGUCACCUAACGGAGGCCACCAAAUGUUCGUGUUCAUUGACCAAGAUCUUGUUAGGACAGGUCCUCCUAAAACCAACAAAAUUACUAUAUCGCAUUAUCGCAACGGCAAACUGAUCACAAAUGACUUGAUCGGAGAUAUCGAGAGAGAUGCAUCGCUGAAUGUUGCUACGUCAAGUCUUAUUGAAUGGAAAGAGAAGCCGAUUAAAAGAUGCGACCUGGAAGUUCGCUGUCCAGGAUCGCAACCCGGAGGACAGUGCAGUGCCCAAGAUAAAAAGUGGCUGUGUGUAACUUGCAAAGAACUCCUGGAAUACGGACUGGAUGACAAAUUUGUUUAUUGCUCAUGUGGAGGAGCACCCGUGGAAACGUACACCUUCAAGUGUAACGAGCAUAAACAUGGACACCAAUACGCAAAUUUUGAACGAGGCCUUUUAAUGCCGCUGCUUGACAAAUUGCGUCCCUUCAAGGAAAUUAAUAUUUUAAUUUUGGGCGAAACCGGAACCGGAAAGUCAACAUGGAUUAAUGCCUUUGCAAAUUGCUUAACACACACGAAACUGGACGAUGCUGUGGCUAACCCGGUCUACCUAAUUCCGACUUCUUUUACAAUUACCGAUGAUAAUUACAAAAAGGUCACCAUUACAGUAGAAUCGACUUUCGGAGCCGCAGCGGAAGCGAAUGAGUGGACGAUAGUUGGACAAUCAGCUACACAGUUUCCGAAAGCUUAUAUCUUUAGAAAAGGCGAUUCUCUGGUUCGCAUAAUUGAUACGCCGGGCAUCGGCGAUACACGCGGCGCCAGCAUGGAUAAAGCCAAUUUCCAAAAUGUUCUGUCGUAUUUAUCUCAUCUGAGCGAACUGCAUGGAAUAUGCAUCCUGUUAAAACCCAACGAAGCCCGCUUGACAGUGAUGCUGCAGUACUGCAUUAAAGGACUUCUGCUACAUCUGCAUAAAGAUGCUUGCCAAAACAUUCUCUUUGUCUUGACCAACAGCCGUGCCACACUCUAUAGGCCAGGAAAUACGUAUGCACAGCUGGAGAUACUGCUUGGAGGAAUUCCUCAGAAUGGCAUUGUCCUCGCCAAACCCACAGUAUACUGCGUCGAUAACGAGGCGGUACGGUACAUGGCCUGUGUUCAGCAUGGAAUGACAUUCACCGACACCGAUAAAAAAUGCUACGAAGCCAGCUGGGAAAAGACCGUAGAGGAAAUGGAAAGAAUGUUCCAGCACAUCCUCUCCAGACCGCCGCAUGCCCUUCGCAACACGCACUCUUUGAAUAAUGCCCGUCGGCUUAUUCUGGCAUUCACUGAACCUCUGGCAAAAAUUUCAGAAAGUAUUUUAGCCAAUGUUAGACUGGCAGAAGACAAGGAAAACGAAAUCAGAUUAAGUCUGAAUGAUAAACGCAGCUUGGAAGGAAAAUUGUACGUUUCCGUUUUGACGGUAAAAUCAAAACCGCUCCCGCGGCCCCGAACGGUCUGCACGGCAUCAAAGUGUAUCAGCGUGGUCAACGGUGUUACCAACUUCAAAACAUGGUGCCAUGAAGCCUGUGACCUUGAAAACGUGGUACCUGGUCGCUAUCCGAAUCCCGACCUGAAAAGAUGUUCUGCAAUGCUGCCCAGCAAAGGGGAGGAGUGCGCCCAUUGCGGCUGCAGUUGGGACAAACAUGUACACGUCAUGUUGGACUACUACGAGGCACACGAUAAGAUUGUGGAUAAAAGUACUCAGGAACUACUGCGGCAAAAAAACGGAGAUAUUGAUGCGGCCACGGCGUUUCUCGACAAGCUUGCCAAACGAAAGGACGGCCUGAACAAGGAGAUGUCAACAAUUACGUCAGUUGUAUCACACUUUGGCAGUUUUUUGAAACAAAACGCUAUUGUACCAUAUAAUGACGCAAUGGAAGACUACCUGAACUAUGCCAUAUUAGAAGAACAGAACAAAAUCCCCUUAGGUGCUAGUGACGCAGUUAAGAAAAACUUGGAAGUGAUGCUAUCCAAGUAUCGGAUUGAACGCAAAAUUCUGGAUGACGCAAUGGCUAAAGGUAGCAAAGUCGAAAUGUCGCCGCAGGAUAUCGAGAAAAUGGUUCAGACCCUGUAUGCGUUGCCUAUUAAAGGAGCGGAAAUCCGCAGUGCGGUAGAGAAUUCGAAAAACGCCCAAGAGCACAGCGUACUCCGUCAGGAAUUUGCUUUUACUCCAUCGUCUAAGCAAAGUAAUUCAGGAUUUGCCAAAUGGACAAAAAACAAACUGCAGGAACUCUUCAAGCACGGCGAAUCUCCUAGCACCACUUAUCCCACUAAUAGCGCGGUGUGAGCAACGGUAUGCCGAAGCAAAAGAUUGUUGGAUCAGACAACUGGACUAGCUUUGUCGUUACGAUGGAGAGUAUGAACCGGUAGCCGGUGGUCGUAAACUCGUAGUCUCUGCAGAAGCCGUUUUAAAAGUUAGUAAAUAUAUACUCAUAAACCUUUCUUUAACAUGACUAAUGAUUUUGUUUUUGUGGCAAGUAGAUAGAUAUUCUUACGUCUUCCCAUGCGGUGAUAAUCGGUUUUCCGCGUCCCUUUUUUCCGCGCGUAUAGGCCGGUUUCAAAGCAAGAAAGUUUUCUUUUUGGUAAAGAGAUAUUGUACGAGUGUAGUUUGAUUUAAUCUGCGAUGUGCAACAGGUCGACAGCGGUUUUCUGUCUGAGAAACCGACUUUUGGAUGACCUUCGAAACAUCUUUCCAGUAUGUUUCGCUGAGUAUCUUUUUUUCCGCUUUUGUUUCAUGUGGGAUACAUUCGGGAUGCAUUAAAAAUACCACAGAGGUACCUUGGGAUACGGCAGUGAUUAAAAAUUGAAUAAUUCGGGCGGGUACUAGAAGAAUACAUAGAGGACUGGGAUUCUGUGCAUACGAGUGAGAACACAUGCCCAGAA